AUGUUCAUAAAAAUUUCUACGGGAAAAGAAAUAAGACCGAUUGAAAUAUCUAAAAAACAAUCAAUUAGUGAAUUGAAAGAACUUAUUGAAACCCAACUUAAAAUAAAUAAAUCUAAACAAAAAUUAUUUUACAGUGGUAAAGUUUUAGAAGAUAGUACACCAAUUUACAAAUAUAAUAUCAAAGAUGGAUAUGUAGUGCAACUUAUUGAACUUAAAGAACCUAUUGUUGAAAAAAAAGUUGAAAAGCAACAAAUAGUUAAAAAGAAAACAACAAUUGUUGAAAAUAAUUUAAGUGAAUAUUAUAAUGUUGGGGAGUAUAUUGAAUGCCAAGAAAAUGAUGGAUCAUGGUUCGAAGGAGAAAUAAUUGAAAUUUAUCAAGCGGGAAAUAAUGAAAAUUUAGAUGAAAACACUGUAGUCACACCUAUUUCAAUAUAUAGAAUUCAGUAUAAAGAUGAAGAUAAUGAAAUAACAAAAGAUUUAAGGCUUGAAGAAUUCAGGCCCAGAUCUAUACAUCCAGUUGAUUUUAACUCGCUUGAAAUCGGUCAAAUCAUACAUUUAAAUUAUAAUUCAAAACAACUGCAGGCUUGGGGCAAGUGGUAUGAUUUUUACAUAAAAGAAAUUGAUAAAAAGAAACAAUUGACAUUAAGUGGUCAUUUAAUAUUGGGGAAAAACAAAAAAAAAGAAAAUAUAAAAAUUGUCUUGAAUCCUUUUGAAAAUUAUAAUUAUUCAAUAAGAAGUCAUAUUAAAAUAUCAGAAAGAGAUAAAAAUUUUGACGUGGGUGCAAAACCCAUUUUUUGUGACACAUGUAAAAAAAAUAAAAAUCUUCGCUGCAAAGAUUGUGGAUGUUCUGUUUGUGGAGAUAGAAAUGAUCCGGAAAAAACAAUAGUUUGCGAUGAAUGUCAAUAUGGUUUUCACAUAUAUUGUCUCAAGCCACCCCUGAAACAAGUCCCAGAAGAUGACGAUUGGUAUUGUAAUUCAUGUAAAAAUGAAAACAUUAUCGUCGAAGAUGGUCAAACUGUAAAAACGAAAAGAGGAUUCACGGCUGACAAAUCUAAAAGCAAAAGGGAUUGGGGAAGAGGGAUGGCUACAGCUGGAAGAACAACGGUUAAUACAAUAGUUCCAGCUACACAUUUUGGGUCAAUACCUGGUGUAGAAGUGGGAACAACUUGGAGAUAUCGAAUACAAGUUUCUGAAUCUGGUGUGCAUAGACCUCACGUUGCUGGUAUCGCGGGUAGAAAAGAUGUGGGUGCUUUUAGUAUUGUUUUAGCUGGAGGCUACGAGGAUGAUAAAGAUGACGGAGACGAGGUUUUAUAUACAGGCUCGGGUGGUAGAGAUUUAAGCAAUAACAAACGUGUAUCAAGUCAAAGUUGCGAUCAAGAAUUGACUAGGAUGAAUUUGGCUCUGGCAAAAAAUUGUAAUGCCAGUAUCAACGAUAAAGAAGGUUCUGAAUCGACGGAUUGGAAAGCGGGUAAACCUGUCAGAGUUGUUCGAAGUUACAAAGAAAAAUCUGAAUACGCACCCGUGGAAGGUUUUCGCUACGAUGGUUUAUAUAAAAUCGUUAAAUAUUUUCCCAAAACGGGAAAAUCCGGUUUUAAAGUUUGGCAAUUUUUACUUCGAAGAGACGAUUUGACACCGGCUCCAUGGACUCCAGAGGGUAAAAAACACAUUCAAGCCCACGGAUUGGAAGAUGUUAUUUAUCCGGAAAAUUACGGGGAAAAAGCCAAGAGAAAAAAUAACGACAACGACGAUGACGACGACAGCGGCGGCGGUGAUGGCGGCGAUGGCAACGGUCACGUUUCCAAAAAACGUAAAAAAGUAGAAGAAUUCAAAUUAGGAGAAGAAUUAUUAAAAUUAGUUGAAAAUGACGAUUUGAAUAAAAAUAAAUGGGACGAAGUCAAUGAAUAUUUAAAAGAAGGAAAAGUCAAAUAUUUAGAAGAAUUGAAAAACGCAUUCGAAUGCGUUUGCUGUCAAGAUUUGACUCACAAACCCGUCACGACGAUUUGCAAGCAUAAUUUUUGCCUUUCUUGUUUUCAAAAUGCUAAAAAGGUCAUGGGUAACAUUUGUCCUCUUUGUAAAACCGAAUAUGAAAAAGUACCGAACGUUAAUGAAAAUUUGGAUAAAAUUCUUCUCACGCUUUAUCCGGGUUAUCAAGUCGGACGAUAA